AUGUCAUCAGUUAGUGGAAGAUAUCAAUAUCAUCCACAGACAUCUGUUUUAGAGGAUAUGGAUACGAGUAACAGUAGAUACUAUAGUUCACAGAAUGGAAUCAAUGGUGGUGGUGGUGUCAAUAGUAUGAAUGGCGGUGGUGGUGGUGGUGGUAGUAGCGGAUACAAUUUUAGAACACCUGCAAAGUCAGCGAAUACCACAAAUCAAUUUGGUGCCAGUGGAAUCAAUGAUAAUAGUAACUUUGAUAUGCUAAUGGAUGAUUCAAGCUAUUUCAAUCCAGACGAAUCAUUACAUAUACCGGUUACUCCAAUCAAGGCAAAUACCAAUCCACAACAACAACCACCUACACAAAACGGCUCUGCUGCUGCAUCUACCAUUGGAAGUAGAUUUACAAAUAACAAUACAAGUAAUAGUCAAAAUAAUAAUAGACCACAAACACAACCACCACCACCACCACAACAACAACAGCAGCAACAACCACAACCACAAUAUUAUCAACCAACCACGGCUACCUCUACUUCUGCAAAUCCAACAAAUUUGUCAAGACCAAACACUCAACAACAAACACAACUACCAAGACCGAAUCAACAACAGCAACCCCAACAACAAACUCAACCAAGAAGAGACGAAUUCACAUAUAGUACAUAUCAAGAUAACUUUGCAAGAGAUGCUCAAAAUGUUGUCGAUAGUAUGAAACAAUCUACAAUGAGAAGAAGAGAUCAAGAUUUUACAUAUGAAAAUCAACAAACACAACAAACACAACCACAGAUACAACCACAGACACAAUAUAAUUAUAAUAGUCCUGCUGCCGAGACUCCUAACAUCGGAAUCUAUUCGAAAUCCUAUGUGAAGAACCUGGAGGAUGACAUUAAGAAACUGACCGACCAACUAAAGAUGAACAGUUUGAAUGGUAUUAGUAGUAGUAGUAGCGGUGUUAGUGUAUCUCCUGUUACACCCAACUCUGGAUCGUUCGUUGGUAACUCUGCAAACACCACUGUUAAUUCAUCGAAUGCAUCUCAACAACCAACACAUCAAUCACAAUUAAAUCAACAACAACAUCAACAACAACCACUUCAACAACAGCAAAAAACACAUCAACAACAACAACCAACAUCAACAACAUCACAAUUCUCAACACCAUCUUUUAAAUCUAGAAUGAAUAGUCAGAUUAAUAAUACACCGGGUAGAUCGACUGUCAAUGAUCUUACACUGAUGGAACUGACCGAGAAGUACUCCGAUAAACGAAUCGAUUGCACGCGAACUCAAGGAACUCCGACAAAAGUCGGUGCAAGAUCAGCAGUCGCUGCAAGCGAAAGAUCAGUACAUCCUUCAGCUGCAGCAACUCGUCAAGAAAAAAGAUGCAGAUUUCCAGCGUAA